GGAAAUUGUUAGAACCUAAAGGUCGAUGGCUAAAGUGAUUGGGGAGAAGAAAUCUAUUUGGCAACAAAUAUGUGACGAAUAUGAGGCAGAGCAGCCCAAAGCUCCGGGUGCGGCUGCUUGGUCGGACAGCUCCUCCGUCAGCUCACUUGUCACUCAGUACAACGCCAGCAAACACAAUCCUGUAUUCUACGGGCUGGCCACAGCGAAGGUGCCGGUGGACACCGACCCCCUGCACGACUUUAACCCGCUGCUGAGCCACCCUGCGCUGGCCGGCUACGCCUUGCUAGACCGCACGGAGCCCUCUGUUCCCCGACCGCCGUCAGGUGCUGCCGACACCAAAAUCCGCACACAUCAGCGUCCUACCACCUGCUACCUGCAGGAGGCGCUGUUUCCUACGCUGCUCCCCGGCCUGGAGGCCAUGCUUAUGGAGGCACUGAAACGCCAAUGUCUGCAGAGGAAGAGGACGGCUUUCAACGCCUGCGACUUCCUCACACAGUGGCUGUACAACAACAACCCCAGAAGGGCGGGCCAGCCCCCCGUGGAGCUGCACCAGAUCCCCUUCAUCAGAGACUGGCUCAGCACACAUCCCAGGCCUCCUGUGUCUCUGUCUCUGCUGUUGUCAGAUGAUCAGGCCGCUCUCCUCAUCCAGUCCUACUGGAGGGGCUACAAGGUGCGUGUUGAUCCUGAGGUGCAGGAGCUGAGACAGUGGCAGAGAGAGCUGAGGGAGGAGAAGUGUGACAUCAACAAAACAGUCCAGGAGUUCUGGGCCCGCCAGGAGAGUAGAGUGGGCUCUGACCUGGUUGACCUUGGGGAGCCGGAGCAGCACAACCAAUCAGACGUCUCCAUCCAGGUGCUAAGCCCCACCCCCCAGAGCACGGUGGUUCACACGCCCGUCACCGUGACGACCCUGGAGGGCACAGCAGACUUCCUGACUCCCAGCAUCCUCGGCUCAGAGGUCACGACCCCGGUUGCUAUGGCGCUGAAUGUGCCCGAUCCUGGCCUGGCGGCCAUUUCUCCAUCCCUGCUGACCGCACACACACACACACACUAAAGGCCAGUGUGUGUGUGUGUGUGUGUGUGUGCAUGGCUGAAUGUUUCUUUUGGUCUCCGUGGGACUCGUAGGUAAAUGUUUGAUGUUUAGUUCACAGGCCUCAUUCCCACAGCAGGAUUCAGACACACACACAUUCAUCCAUACAUGUACUGUACACACACACACACACACACACACACACACACACACACACAUUCAUCCAUACAUGUACUGUACACACACACACACACACACACACACACACACACACACACAUUCAUCCAUACAUGUACUGUACACACACACACACACACACACACACACACACACACACACACACACACACAUUCAUCCAUACAUGUACUGUACACACACACACACACACACACACACACACACACACACACACACACACACACACACACACACACAUUCAUCCAUACAUGUACUGUACACACACACACACACACACACACACACACACACACACACACACACACACA